UAUAGACUUGGGGUAGACACUAGGGUGCUUAAUACAGCACUGGGUUAUUGCUGAUCAGCUGAGUCCUACCCUCGGCGCUACCUGCUCUACCUGUUGUCAUUGUCGCCGGAAGCAUCUCCUGCCGAUUUAUGCUAGAGCAGUCCUAAGCUUGAGUUCAACGCAUAUAGCUGGUGAAUGGCGCCGCUUUCUGGCUUCGCGAUCGUCGAGAAGGCUGGAGCCCCAAUGCCUGCCCGGGCUUCUAACCCGUCUCUCCUACAGGCGUCAAGUCAGCGCUGUACCUCCCACGCUCCCAUACCUGCCAUUCCUAUUCCUCGGCGAACAGCGUUGGCGGUGCUGCUGGCACCGAUUGCUGCAUCUUUGCUGGACAGUCCUGAUGCCAACGCUACCGCCAAUAACGUUAGCCGGACUCAACUGCUGCUGCAACAGCGUGCUGCCCGCAAGGAGGAAAUGAGGGCCCGCAACGCCAAAAUCCGGUGCGGAGAGGCGAAGCCACAGUUCUGAGGUGGCAUUAAUGGGCCAGCUCGGUUGUUAGGUUUUGUGGGGCUGUUAUCGCGCAUGUUCGAAUGUUUUGGAUGUCACCGUAAGCAUGCCAAGCUCUAUAGGCGUUGGCAUAACGUUGGGUAUUGUCUGGAGCACCCUUCCUACCAGGUACUGGCUCCUCACUAGCUAUUGAAAUAAUGCAGGACAUGCAUACACACAGCAUGCAACCUGGAAGAGUUAUGCGUUUGAUGCUCGGAUGUCAAGGUUAGGGCAGUCUAGGCAUGGCCUUACAGUGCAAAUAAGUAAUGGGCAGGGGACAUUUCGUACAAUCCAUUGAGUAGUGGGGCAACAAGACUACAGUACUGUAGUCCACGCGGUAUAAGCGGGUCGUCUCGGUCCGUGUUUGCAAACAACGUGUAAUUCCUCGCAAUUCAACGUGCCACCAUCCGCAAUCCAAGGCACCGACAACGAAUGGGUCCGGAUCAUGAAUGC